CAUGGGAGAGUUGAAGAUUGAAAUAAGUUCACCACAUCCAAAAAAUGUCCAGGGCGAACGCAAAUUCUCUUCCUUUUGCAGAUGCUGCAACAAUAGUCCGAGCUAAUCAAAAGGACAACUACUUUAGCUCGACCCUAAAUACACAAUUACAAGAUACCUUAAGGAUUUUUAGAGGUCAACGGUUUGUAAACACAUAUCCCGAGGAAAUUACAACCAUCGGAAAAUUUCUUUACUUCUUGGUGACGACUGUUUUUGGUGCCCGGACUUUGGGAGAGGAGUACGUUGACAUACAACACGUAUCUAGACUGGGAAAGAGAUUCCCCAAAUUAGCAUCAAGGCUCUCUUUCUCGAUUUAUUUGAUCGUUGUUCCAUACUUUGUGAGUAGGAUCGCUAGAAAACUAAAGUCAAAGACCGAAGGGUCGACCUCAUGGAUCACAAAAGUCCUCACAUCAUAUUCCAGCUUAUUGGAUACGAUGAUGAACAUUCAUGUGGCUCUCUUUUAUUUUGAGGGCUCAUUCUACUCAAUCUCCAAGAGAAUCUUUGGAUUGAGAUAUGUAUUUGGUCAUAAUAAAGAUCAAAAAAAGCUCCAGGCCACCGGAAACUACUCCGUCCUAGGUGGAAUUAUUUUGGUGCAAUUUGUUUUGAAGAUGUUGAUUCACUUAAGUCAGCUUUCAAGCCACAGGAAAUCACAUAAAGCGAGUGAAACAAGUAUCGGCAUCGAGAAACAAACGCACUCUAGUUUUUUCAAACUCGAACAGCUCGAGAAGCUAAACAAGUACAUAAACGAGGAAAAGAAAGUCUCGGUGAAGGUGAACGUGGAUUUAUCGGACCCAAAUCAACUCCCAUAUAUUCCUUCAAGUUCUCGAAACUGUAUGCUUUGUCUCUCGCCGAUGAUAAAUCCGUCAGCUGCCAAUUGCGGUCAUUUUUUUUGUUGGGUUUGCAUCACCGAUUGGAUGAGAGAGCAUCCUGAAUGCCCUCUUUGUCGCCAGACAUGUUUAGAACAAAAUUUGUUGCCGUUGAGGUAAUAUGUUGCGUCUAAUUUUAUUUUGCUUUCUCAAGUUUCAGCUAUAGCACAAGAAAUACCCAUCAUAUGGUAGCAACAUAUUUAACAACCAUGAUCGCUUCACUAGCUACCACGGGUUACUUCCACUUUUCGUGCAUACAAUAUUGACAUGAAUGUUUCCAAAAAUUCAAGAUGAAGCC